GAAACCAGCAAGUCUUGACUAAUCUCCAAGAAAUGUAGCUGUAAUAGGACUGGAAGAUAAGCAAGAAUCUGCAGCUGGUGCCUCUCCGAGUGUUAAUUUGUUCUUACAAAUGUUUUACUCAACGUGACCCUAACCUCUUUGGAAUUGCUCAGGUGUAGAACAGCUUUGACAUUGUCAAACACAGACGAAUUGGAGCUUGGCAUUGAAAGGAGGUGUUCUGCAAUGAUUUUUUUUCUUGUUUAGAGAAGUUUACUUCUACAAGAAGAAAUCUGAAAAAUGACAGGAGCAAAGAAGAAAAAGAAAAGCAUGCUAUGGGGCAAGAUGCAUACCCCCCAGUGUGAAGACAUCAUACAGUGGUGUAGAAGGCGACUGCCCAUUUUGGAUUGGGCACCACAUUACAAUCUGAAAGAAAACUUGCUUCCAGACACUGUGUCUGGGAUAAUGUUGGCAGUUCAACAGGUGACCCAAGGAUUGGCCUUUGCUGUUCUCUCAUCUGUGCACCCAGUGUUUGGUUUAUAUGGGUCUCUGUUUCCUGCCAUAAUUUAUGCCAUAUUUGGAAUGGGACGUCAUGUUGCCACAGGCACCUUUGCCUUGACAUCUUUGAUAUCAGCCAAUGCCGUGGAACGGAUUGUCCCUCAGAACAUCCAGAAUCUCACCACACAGAGUAACACAAGCGUGCUGGGCUUAUCUGACUUUGAAAUGCAAAGGAUCCACGUUGCUGUAGCAGUUUCCUUCUUGGGAGGUGUGAUUCAGGUGGCCAUGUUUGUGCUGCAACUGGGCAGUGCCACAUUCGUGGUCACGGAGCCUGUGAUCAGCGCAAUGACAACUGGGGCUGCCACCCAUGUGGUGACUUCACAAGUCAAAUAUCUCUUGGGAAUGAAAAUGCCGUAUAUAUCCGGACCACUUGGAUUCUUUCAUAUUUAUGCAUAUGUUUUUGAAAACAUCAAGUCUGUGCGACUGGAAGCAUUGCUUUUAUCCUUGCUGAGCAUCGUGGUCCUUGUUCUUGUUAAAGAGCUGAAUGAACAGUUUAAAAGGAAAAUUAAAGUUGUUCUUCCUGUUGAUUUAGUUUUGAUUAUUGCUGCAUCAUUUGCUUGUUAUUGCACCAAUAUGGAAAACACAUAUGGAUUAGAAGUAGUUGGUCGUAUUCCACAAGGAAUUCCUUCACCUAGAGCUCCCCCGAUGAACAUCCUUUCUGCUGUAAUCACUGAAGCUUUUGGAGUGGCACUUGUAGGCUAUGUGGCCUCACUGGCUCUUGCUCAAGGAUCUGCCAAAAAAUUCAAAUAUUCAAUUGAUGACAACCAGGAAUUUUUGGCCCAUGGCCUCAGCAAUAUAGUUUCUUCAUUUUUCUUCUGCAUACCAAGUGCUGCUGCCAUGGGAAGGACUGCUGGCCUGUACAGCACAGGAGCAAAGACACAGGUGGCUUGUCUAAUAUCUUGCAUUUUCGUCCUUAUAGUCAUCUAUGCAAUAGGACCUUUGCUUUACUGGCUGCCCAUGUGUGUCCUCGCAAGCAUUAUUGUUGUGGGACUGAAGGGAAUGCUAAUACAGUUCCGAGAUUUAAAAAAAUAUUGGAAUGUGGAUAAAAUCGAUUGGGGCAUAUGGGUCAGUACAUAUGUAUUUACAAUAUGUUUUGCUGCCAAUGUGGGACUACUGUUUGGUGUUGUUUGUACCAUAGCUAUAGUGAUAGGACGCUUCCCAAGAGCAAUGACUCUAAGUAUAAAAAACAUGAAAGAAAUGGAAUUUAAAGUGAAGACAGAAAUGGACAGUGAAAACCUGCAGCAGGUGAAAAUUAUCUCAAUAAACAACCCGCUUGUUUUCCUGAAUGCAAAAAAAUUUUAUACUGAUUUAAUGAACAUAAUCCAAAAGGAAAAUGCCUGUAAUCAGCCACUCGAUGAUACCAGCAAGUGUGAACAAAACACGUUGCUCAAUUCCCUAUCCAAUGGCAACUGCAAUGAAGAAGUUUCACAGUCCUGCCCUAAUGAGAAGUGUUCUUUAAUCCUGGAUUGCAGUGGAUUUACCUUUUUUGACUAUUCUGGAGUCUCCAUGCUUGUUGAGGUUUACAUGGACUGUGAAGGCAGGAGUGUGGAUGUAUUGUUAGCCCAUUGUACAACUUCCUUGAUAAAAGCAAUGACGUAUUAUGGAAACCUAGACUCAGAGAAACCAAUUUUUUUUGAAUCAGUAUCUGCUGCAAUAAGUCAUAUCCAUUCAAAUAAGAAUUUGAGCAAACUCAGUGACCACAGUGAAGUCUGAGACCCUUUUGUCUCAGUACAGCUCUUGUCUUUACCAACUGCCUGAAGAGGCCACACGCUGGGAUUUUGCACAACUUUUUUGUUGUUUAGAGCCUACAGAUGACCUCUGCUACAAUAAGUAUGAUGUAACUUGGUAACUGCAUAGCAGUUGGAAAGAACUGCCAACUUUUUUUCUCAUUUUUGUUAGUAAGAAGAUUCACUUAGUUAUUUUAUAUAAAAAUCAGUAUGUGUUUAGUUUUAGUGUACUGAAGGGUAAACAUGGUUUUAUUUUAUUUUACUAUAAUAUUUUGUGCUGUUUUAUUUCUAUUGGGCUGUAAGUUGAUGUUUAAAAUUGAGAAAUACUUUUGUCAUAGGCAAUUUUGAGCAUUUACAAGCCAUUUGUAAAAUUUUAAGAUAAUCUGUAACUAAUACAUAAAAACAACUUAGCAAAUGUGCUAUUUUCACACAACUUCUCUCUGUAUAGGCCUCUGAAAUCUCAAUAAGGCUAAAUAUUACUUUACACAGUAAGAUGUGAAAUUCACAAAAAGUAAACCAAACAAAACAAAUGAAAAACUGGAAAUAAUUCAUUUCCAUAUCUUUCCAUACAUCCAUUCUUGAAGUAUUCAGGAAUAUUUUCAUAAUCAAAAGAAACGAGUAUCCCAAUAAAACCAAGUUCUUGACGUUGGUCUGUUUUGCUCUGAAUAUUGGAAAUGCUUAGGAUCUUCAGACCCAGUACCUCUAAUUUUAGCAUUUCUACCCAAUAAGAGGCUCUGUUUUCCACUGAAGUUUUGUUGGAGAAAGAGAAUACGAAAUUACACAUUUUAUAAUUUUUAGAUGAGAAAAUACCACUAGCAGAAUAGCUUUGAGCUAUUCCAGUAUAAGAUGAACUGUAAUAAUUUUUAACUUUCCUAUUUCAGAGAUAAUCAAUAUAAUAUGUUUAUCUAUAUGCAUAUGGAUGUAUAGGUAGGUAGAUCUUCAUAGAUUUUUUUUUUCUUUUGUUAGAGGAAAGCUUGAUGUGAUUAUCUGCAAACCCAUCAAACCAACAGGAUAAUUGACAAAUAAAUGCUAUAGGCUAGGCUGAACUGUAUGUUAUUGUUUUCAUGCUUGUACAUAUAUUUUCAAUCAUGUACAAGUACGUAGAAUUUCACAUUUUAAUUUAGCAAAUUGAUUUACCUAGGAAAAAAUUAUCACCUUCAAAGAUAGGCAUAGACACAUAAUUAUGCUUAAGCUUUUAACAGCAUUUUAACUGCUCUAAAAUUUACCAGAGUAAGAAAAAGCUAGGUACUUUAAAGUGAGUUUGAGAAACAGGUUGAAAAUAAAAUUAAAAUACCAGCCAUUUAGGCGCUGUCUCUGUCAUCUAUAAAAGUAAAUUUUAGUGCCUGCCAAGUGAUGGAUUAUAAUGGUCUCUAGCAAAUGUGUGGUAAACAUUCAUAUGACCCUUAAUUUUAACAUUAAAUUUUAGGUAGAGCAAUGUAAUAAAAUGAAAGAGAAUUAAGAAAGGUUUCAAAUUCGUAUAACAUAUCCAGCUAUUUCAAUUUUGAUUGAAAUGAACUACAAAGAAUAGUGUUUCUCCCUAUGGUAGCCUCAAUCUCAAUGAGUGAGGCCAACUCACAUUCCCAUUAAACACUCUUCCAAGGAAAAGCAGAAGUAAUAAUUGGAGGUAAAGUUUACUUAGAGAAAAUAAUUUUAUUCUGCUUUGUCCAAUUAAAUUAUUCCACUGGUGGAUGGUAAUAUUCACUAUCUCUAAUUCAUUGGUCACUGGCAGGUAAGCAUGAGUCAAGGAAAGUCAAAAAAGGAAAUAUAUUUUGCAGUGUAUAAAUUGAUAUUUUGCUAUGCAACUCCUAUAAUUGAACUUAUAUAAUGCAGACACUUUCUAAUUUAUUAGAGAUUAUGGAUCAGGUGUGACAUUAAAAUCAUAGUUAAUUGAUGGAUGGUUUUUAUAGUUUGUUGACAAAAUGGACACAGUAUUGUCGGAGCAGUUAUAUUUUAAUGCACUUCAGUGUUUAUAGUAGAAGUUUAGUGGAUUAAACUUUAAGUCCAAUAAUUUGGGUGUCAAAUGCUAAUGUUGUAUUCAAUGUAAAGGAAGACCAAACCAUGUACCUUAUGAAGACCUUUGUUUUAAGAGUUCCACACACCAAAGCUACAAUGACUGUUAACCUGGAGGAAGUCUCUGGUAUUGAGUUCUGAGAGCUUAAGAGGUAAACAUGAGUUUAGACACACAACAUUCUAAAACGCAGAUGUUUAUUUCGAAGCAGGUAUUGACAACACAAAAACUGUAUAGUGGUCUUGAAGCUGGAUUGUUUCUAUAGUCACACUGAAUUAUUUUUAUGAGAUUACCUUAUUUUUAUAUAUGACAAACUACUUGAUAACACUUAUUAUGGUAAAAUAAAAUUGGAAAAAAUUAAAACUGACCUAUAAGAGUGUUAAGGACCUAAUAGAGUGACAUAUAUAAAUUAAGCAUAAAAUAUGUAGCCAGGAAAAGACUGUUAACAUUACAUUUAUGCAAAUUAAAUGCCCAUAAAUUUCACCAUUUGUCUUUCAUUUUAAAGGUUAUUUGCCCCCGAUUAUAUGAUUCAAGUGUUAUAAGAUUUAGCUUGAACUAUUUUACAGUAAUUUAUUUGACAGAUCUCUAUUCUAUAAACGUGUAAUGUAAUGAAGAAAGAGAUCGUUCUUUUUUAAUGAAAACAUUAAUGUGUUAAUACCCUGUAUGGGUAAUGCUUGACAUUUAGUGGUUGCCAAAAUCUAUUAGUAUAUUGUUGAACAUACAUUAUGCCUUAGAAAUGCACAUUCUGAAUUCUGUGGGAUGAUAAUCUAAUUCAAUAUAGAAUAUGCUAUUUGGCAAUGAGUUUGUGGCCAGCUUUCAAAUAGGGAGUUAAAUAGUACUUUCACAACCCAAAGAUUUUUAGUUAAAAAUCAUGUAGUGUAAUAUGCUGCAGUUAUUUUUUAUAUUUUUCAAUGCAUUUAAUUAUCUUUUUUAUAAUUCUUUGUACUAACUCAGCAUGUAACAACCAAUUUACAUGGAAAUAAAUCAAAAUAUGAUAACUAUUAUGCUUAAA